CUUCCUCUUUCUUUUUAUCUCUCUCUCAGUACUUAUUACACCUUGCAUCUCUUGAUCCUUGUUAUUCCUAAUAUUUGUAAUUUCCUAUUAAAUGCUAAAUUUACUAUUGUAAUCCCAUCUGCUCUUGAAAGGUCUUGUGAUCAAAGUGCCGAAUAAAUGACAUUCUCUCUCUCCUUAAAAACAAGUUAAAUUAUCGCAGAAGAUUUUAGUCUGAAACUAAAACCGCGAGCACAGUUCUUCCGCGAGUCGAUGCAGAGUUGAUGCACGUUGGAAGCCGAUGGACGAAGUCAAGGGUCGCCGAUGGUUUCAUACCACAAAUUGAGAACGUCUUACCUCGUUCAUGCUUUUCUUCGUCGACUGUUGGAGACUGUGAUGUCGUCAUAUGUAACUGUCAACCUAUCGUCGACAAGUCGUUUAGUAUCGUUGAUUCAAUGUCAUUCAUCACCUCGAGAGAUCAAAAACUGACCCAAUGCGACCGGCGAUCACCGAGGGGCGAUAUUCGCAUUUAGAGGGGCACAAUGAGAGGCGGCGCUGGUGAUGGUUCAUCCAUGGUCACGGUUCCCACUUCGGCGUCCCUUAAUCUUAUGACAGCCGAGGAUAGCAUGAGCGACGACGUGUUCGAGAUGGACGACGAACGCUCAUCCACCGUCGCGAGUGCCCAUUCCGGCGGCCUUACACCCGCAACCGGGGAACGACCCCUCAAUAAGACACCCUCGCCUACCGGAUACCGCGAUUAUAAGCCACCUGCCGAGGUGCUCGAUAACAACUAUAGUACAACGUUUCGAACAACGAGCGACUUCGAGCACGUGAGGAGUUCUUUGAAAAGGGACCAGCAGAAAGAUGACAAUUUUACGCACAAGACAAUUCUCCUCGGCGAUAGCGGAGUCGGCAAGACCUCGUUAUUGGUCCAAUUCGAUACCGGAAGAUUCCAGCCGGGAAACUUUGCGGCCACCGUCGGUAUCGGUUUUACGGUAAGUAACAGAGAGUCUCCACGCUGAGAUAUUUAAUUAAAAGCCUUCCAGUCCGUCGAAACGUCUGUCGAAAUGUAUUUUCUCAGUAUUAUUUCGCGAAGUUAAAUUUUCGCAGCGAAGUUUCCGUUCGCUUGAGAUUUUUGCGUUUCUUUAUUCGUCCUUUUGUAACUUAUAUCGGCGAUUCAAUCGUUAAUUUGUACAAUUUUUCUCGAGAUCCAUAAUUUUUUAACAUCCACGCUUUGUGGAUUAAAGUUACAAUUAUUUUUAAUGAUCUUUCUCUCCGCGAAAAAAAAAACCAAUAUAUGGACUGGAAGGUGUAUAUUAGUCUCUCUUUAACGGAGUUAUAUACGUUCUUUGUCUGGUGCACUAUUAAUUACAAUGCACGUGGAACGGAAUUGCGAUGACGUAUUAACGUCUGACAAUGCGAGCAACAUGAUGCAACAUGCAUUCUUACAUGUCUUGUUCAUAUUAUGCGUUCAUCUGCGAC